AUGCUCGACGUCUCCCGUGCGAUCCUGCCGCUCUUGCUCCUAUUGGCCUUCUUCGCUCUCAAGAAGUACCUUGCGUACCGGGAGAUCGUGCGCACCAUAAAUGACUGGCCCGGCUUCCGCACGGUCUUCAGCGAACGGUUUCUUUUCUUCCCAUUUCGGGUGCGCGGGAUCUCUCCUGGCCAUCAGUGGCCGUUCUACUCCAAGCACGCCGAGUUCGCGAGGGCGGGAUGGGAUGUGGUUGCUUCGGUUAAUCUCCUCCCCUCGCCUGAUUUGACGCUGUAUGUCGCGGACCCCGCGAUUGCCAAGGAGAUCAUUGGUGCGCGCGCACGCUUCCCGAAGCCACUGGAGACCUAUGCGCUGCUCGCGACUUUCGGGACGAACAUCCUUGUCACGGAGGGAGAGGAAUGGAAGCGGCAACGGAAGAUCGCCGCGCCUGCAUUCUCGGAGCGGAACAACAAGCUCGUCUGGGACGAAUCCUUCCGCAUCGUGGACGACAUGUUUAAGAACGUCUGGCAAAACAAGGACGUCAUCGAGCUCGACCACGUCAUGGACCUCACCGUCCCCAUUACGCUCAUGGUCAUUGGCGCGGCGAGCUUCGGACGGCGGAUGUCGUGGAACGAAGAUCGCAUCGCGCCCGCGGGGCACACGAUGACGUUCAAAGACGCGCUCCAUGAGGUGUCGCACAGGCUGUUCCUGAGCAUCAUCUUCCCACAAUGGGUGCUGCGCCUCGGGAAUGCGAAGAUGCGCUACUUUGCGCGCGCGUAUGGCGAACUUGAUACAUAUUUGAAGGAGAUGGUACAGGAGCGCCGGGAGCUUGGGAAGAAGCAGGAGAGCCAUGACUUGUUCAACAGCUUGCUGGACGCGAACGAGGGCGAGCUGGAGAGCGACGCGAGGUUGACGGAUAGCGCGCUUCUUGGGAACGUCUUUGUGUUCUUGGUCGCGGGUUACGAGACCACGUCCCACACACUUGCAUACGCGUUCAUCUUCCUCGCGCUCUACCAGGAAGAGCAGGAGAAGUUCUACCAAAGCCUCAAGGCGGCGAUACCCGCAGACAGAGCUCCUGCAUACGAGGAACUGAGCUCGUUCGUCUACUCCCUAGCCGUGUUCAACGAGACGCUCCGGCACUUCCCGCCAGUCAUCGGCAUCCCGAAGUCAAACGUAGAGGACACGGUGAUCACAGUCACGAACGCGGCGGGCGAGAAGCGCAGCCUGCCCAUCCCGCGUGGCACGUACAUCGCGAUCUGCACGCCCGGUCUGCACAACAACCCGCGGUACUGGGACGACCCGGAGGCGUUCAAGCCGGAGCGGUUCUUGGGUAACUAUCCCCGCGACGCGUUCCUGCCGUUCAGCGGCGGGCCGCGUGGGUGUAUCGGGCGCGGGUUUGCGGAAACGGAGGCGGUCGCGGUGUUGACGGCGAUCAUGUCUAAGUACAAGGUCGAGGUGCGCGAGGAAGCGCGCUUCGCGGGCGAGACCUUCGCACAGCGCAAGGCACGGCUUUUCAAGAGCCAGCAUAGUCUGACCGUCUACCCGGAGCGCGCUCCGCUGGUAUUCCGGCGCCGAUGA